UAUGUUGUAUAUGUAAAUCCUAGAUGUGAAAAUAGGCAUAAUUCAUCCUAAAAGGGUAUAAAGAAUAGAUAGGCGGAAAUCCAAUAUCUAUUCAAAAAAAAAAAAGAACAAUGGCCAAUUAGAUCGAAAUAAUGAAUCAUAAAUGGAGUUCGGGUUCGAAUUCUAUAGAUAAUAGAAUCUAAUACGGAUGGUUUUUCUAUAAUGAUAGAGAAAUGAAAGAGACUUACUCGUGAUUUCAUGUACUUAAUAUUUCUUUUGAAAAAAAGAAGGAUUGGCUGAACUUGAAAAUUGACUCAUUGAAUGAGUAAUUGAAUGAGUAAACGAUUGAAUCGUAUUCGGUUGGGUGGUACCAACUAAAUCAAGUGCUAACUCCCAUUUAUUUCUUAUUGAAUUAACCGAUCAACUUGCUAUCGGACAUUUAUUUUCGACUUGGCAUGGCACUAUUCAAAAAAACUUUCGACAUACUUUACUUUAAUUAUAAUUAUGAGAAUCAAUCCUACCCUUCUAGUCCUGCGGUUUCCACACUUGAAGAACAAAACCUAGGGCGUAUCGCUCAAAUUAUUGGCCCAGUACUGGAUGUUGUUUUUCCUCCGGGCAAGAUGCCUAAUAUUUAUAACGCUUUGGUAGUUAAGGGUCGAGAUACUAUUGGUCAGCAAAUUAAUGUGACUUGUGAGGUACAACAAUUAUUAGGAAAUAAUCGAGUUAGAGCUGUAGCUAUGAGUGCUACAGAUGGACUGAUGAGAGGAAUGGAAGUGAUUGACACGGGAGCUCCUCUAAGCGUUCCAGUCGGUGGAGCUACCCUCGGACGAAUUUUCAACGUUCUUGGGGAGCCUGUUGAUAAUUUAGGUCCUGUAGAUACUAGCACAACAUCUCCUAUUCAUAGACCUGCACCUGCCUUUAUACAGUUAGAGACGAAAUUAUCAAUCUUUGAAACAGGAAUUAAAGUAGUGGAUCUUUUAGCUCCUUAUCGCCGUGGAGGAAAAAUCGGACUAUUUGGAGGAGCUGGAGUAGGUAAAACAGUACUCAUCAUGGAAUUGAUCAACAACAUUGCCAAAGCUCAUGGAGGCGUAUCUGUAUUUGGCGGAGUAGGCGAACGUACUCGUGAAGGAAAUGAUCUUUACAUGGAAAUGAAAGAAUCCGGAGUAAUUAAUGAAAAAAAUAUUGCAGAAUCAAAAGUAGCUCUAGUCUACGGUCAAAUGAAUGAACCGCCGGGAGCUCGUAUGAGAGUUGGUUUGACUGCCCUAACUAUGGCGGAAUAUUUCCGGGAUGUUAAUGAACAAGACGUACUUCUAUUCAUCGACAAUAUCUUUCGUUUCGUCCAAGCAGGAUCAGAAGUAUCCGCCUUAUUGGGGAGAAUGCCUUCUGCAGUGGGUUAUCAACCUACCCUUAGUACAGAAAUGGGUUCUUUGCAAGAAAGAAUUACUUCUACCAAAGAGGGAUCUAUAACUUCGAUCCAAGCCGUUUAUGUACCUGCGGACGAUUUGACCGACCCUGCUCCUGCCACGACAUUUGCACAUUUAGAUGCUACUACCGUAUUAUCGAGAGGAUUAGCUGCCAAAGGUAUUUAUCCAGCAGUGGAUCCUUUAGAUUCAACGUCAACUAUGUUACAACCUCGGAUCGUUGGCGAGGAACAUUAUGAAACUGCGCAAAGAGUUAAGCAAACUUCACAACGUUACAAAGAACUUCAGGACAUUAUAGCUAUUCUUGGGUUGGACGAAUUAUCCGAAGAAGAUCGUUUAACUGUAGCAAGAGCACGA